AUGGCAGGUCAAGGUAGCAAGUCCAAUGCCUUCCCAGGAAAGUUUUAUUUGGGUUAUGGCCCUAAUGGCAUCAAUUUACUCUGCAAUCAGAAUGUAGAUUCGGACAAUUCUUCUUCGGAAGGAACACAUUCUGAGGUGAACAUUGCUCCUUCAGACAAUAAUAGUCAGCUCACUAAUAGUAAUGGACCAUCAGCUACAAUGGCGGCUAGUCCUAGUGUUCUCCCUCGCAACAUAGACUUGAAUGCUGCAUAUGAAGGCAAUGGCAUGGGUGACAAUCAAGAGCUAGGAGGAGGAUCGGACACGAACAAAAAUUUGCUCGUUAGUGAUUCAUCUAAUUCUAAUGCAAUUAUGAUCUCUUCUGGAAUUGCUGGGUAUGUGUUGGAAGAAAACGAGGGUGGACAAGAUUCUGCAUCGGGUGGUAGGCGUCUGUCCUGUAAAAGAAGAGCUACUGAAGAUGCUUCUAGACAAUUUUCUUUGGGUGAAAGCUCGAGAUCAGUUAAGCUAGGAGAUAUUCCUGAAGAAAAUGCUCCUAAAAGCUUCAAUUUACCAUCCUCCUUGAAUAGUAACCCAAAUUCUGCUAGACUUUCGGUUGGUGUGAGAAUAGCUCCUUCCCCGUAUCAACCUUCGAGUGCUGCAGCAAGUGAAUUUGUAACUGGAACUGGGACAAGUUCUGAAGUGCAUCAAAAUCCAAGUGUGGUUGGACAAGCUGAGAACACCCAGAGAUAUACCCGUUUGAGAAGAUCUGCAAGUCGAUUAGAUUCUGCACCUGGCCAUAACUCGUCUUUUUGGACCAUAAGGAAUCCUCGUGUGCAAUCAUCUGGUCAACAACCUGUGUUUUAUCAAUUCAAUCACCUUCCAAGUUCAAACACAGCUGCAACAACGGGAAUGGUUAAUGUAGCUUCUCCAACGCAGCCUUUUAUGCAUACUCCCAAUCCUUCACAGCCUCUACAACCUUUCCAGUGGAAUGGGGUCACCGCGGAAAGAACCAGUGGGCCAUCUACUCAUGCUAUGAAUGGAGGAAAUACCUUGCAUCAGGAUCGGAGCUUAAGGAAUGAUCCGAGGAAUGACAUGUUCUUUUCUGAAUUUCAAAGGACACAUAUGCCGAACAUGCCAACAAACCUUCACUUUGCCAAUGGGAGAUAUUUUCCAGGAAGUAUGUCUCCCAUUUCCCAACCACAUAAUCCUAUUUGGUAUGUCCAAGGUAAUAUGGAAGAGCAGUAUCAUGGGAGAAUGCCAAACCUUGUCAAUCGCACUGAGCCUCAGGGGCAAGUUUGUUAUCGUCCGUUUAAUCUGGUUGCCUCUUCUGAUACAAUAGAGAGGGGAUUACAAGAGGGAAGCGGCAAUAUAAGGCCUUCUCAGAUGCCUCUUAUACCAGGCUUGGAGAUGAGGUCCGAGAGACAAACUGUCACUCGUGAAAUGGCACGCCGGGCUUUGACUGCUGUUCAGAGGAGAAACAGACUAGCAACUGAGGUCCGCAAUGCUCUGACGCUUGUGCGUAGGAGGGGUUCGUUACAGUUUGGGGUACGGAUUCUAGCUGAACUUAAUGCUAAUGUGAUGCUAAUUGACCGUUCAGCUUUGUUUGGUGAUUCUGAUGAUGAGGAGGCUGAUGAACUUGAAGAUAUGCGUCUUGAUGUGGACAACAUGUCUUAUGAGGUAAGAAUUUAA